AUGCCGGUGCGCAACGACCCCGUGCGCUUCGGUGUCGGUGUGUUCGGGGCCGCUCGGCUGCGCUCGGUCCCUGCUGGGGGUGACACCGGGGGUGACACCGGGGGUGAUGCCGGAGGUGAUGCCAAGCCGGUGUCAGCCGCGGGGGCUGCUCCGGGGGGGCCGCAGGAACCGGCUGGGCCAAGGCCGGCAGCAGCAGGGAGCAGCCCGGGGCGGCAGGAGCCAACGUGGAUGCAGGACGAGGAUGAGGAGCUAUGGCCCGAGUUCCCUGCCAGCAGCCCCACAUCCCCCCUGUCCCCCACAUCCCCCAUGUCUCCCACAUCCCCCCUGUCCCCCACAUCCCCUAUGUCUCCAACAUCUCCCACAUCUCCCACAACCCCUCCUCUGUCCCCUGCAGCUGGCACCACCGAGGGCUUGGGGGGCAGUGAGAGCAAGGUGUCCCCUGGGCCAGUGGGGCAAAGGCCAAGGCUGGAGGGGGCCGUGGGGCGGCCACGUUCGAGCACCCGGGCCUAUGGGCGCAGCGCCAUCCUGGAGAAGUUCGGAGGGGCAGCCACGGGGCCAGCCCCACACCUGAAGAGGGCAGGGGGCACAGCCACGGUUAAGGCGAUGCUGCUGGAGUGGUGCCGCGCCAGGACCCGUGGCUAUGAGCACGUGGAUGUGCAGAACUUCUCGGGGAGCUGGGGCAGCGGCCUGGCCUUCUGCGCGCUCCUGCACAGCUUCUUCCCCGACGCCUUCGACUACGGCAGCCUGGAGCCGGGCGCGCGGCGCCACAACUUCACCGUGGCCUUCACCACCGCCGAGGAGCGGGCGGGCUGCGCCCCACUGCUGGACGUGGAGGACAUGGUGCGAAUGGCUGUGCCCGACGCCAAGUGCGUCUACACCUACCUGCAGGAGCUGUACCGCUGCCUCGUGGCCAAGGGGCUCGUGAAGACCAAGAAGCGCUGAGCGGGGUCCCCGCGGCCCCCACCCGGGUCACCCCCUGCUGUGGUCCCCACCAGUAAAGGCUGUGGUGAUGGA